ACCAACGCCGCCAACGCGCGCGCACUAGCCCUCGUCUCCGAUGGCCGCCGCCCGCGCCGUGCUCGCAUCCUCGCAUGCCGGGCUGCGUGCGCUCGCGCCCUUGCCUUCGAGUUGCUCUGUGCGGUCCUUGUUCCUCCGUGGGUGUGGGUUCUCUCGCUCGCUAUCGUCCUACGCUCGCUGCUGCGCUGAGGGGCCCGUGAAGCCGGUGGAAGCAGCGGUGGUGGAGGAUCGCUUCGUGGUGACAACCCCGCUUUACUACGUCAAUGCGCCACCUCACAUGGGCAGUGCGUAUACGACGAUUGCGGCUGAUUCUAUCGCUCGCUUCCAGAGAUUGCUGGGGAAGAGAGUUAUAUUUGUCACAGGUACAGAUGAACAUGGGGAGAAAAUUGCUGCAGCUGCAGCGACUUGUGGGCAUAGCCCCAAUGAGCACUGUAACACUAUCUCUCAUUCGUACCAGUUGCUUUGGAAAGAUUUGGAGAUAUCAUAUGACAAGUUCAUUCGCACCACCGAUCCUAGUCAUGAAGCUGUUGUGAAGGAGUUCUAUUCUAAAGUGCUUAACAAUGGUGACAUAUAUCGUGCUGACUAUGAGGGACUGUAUUGUGUGAACUGUGAGGAGUACAAGGAUGAGAAAGAAUUGCUUGAAAACAAUUGCUGUCCCAUGCACCUAAAACCAUGCAUCAAAAGGAAGGAGGAUAACUUUUUCUUUGCUUUAUCAAAAUAUCAGAAAAGCCUGGAAGACAUGUUAGCAUGCAAUCCAGAUUUUGUGAAGCCAUCAUAUCGAUUGAAUGAGGUGCAAGGCUGGAUAAAGAAUGGCCUAAGAGAUUUCUCUAUAUCUCGUUCAUCCGUGGAAUGGGGUAUACCUGUGCCAAACGACACCAAGCAGACUAUUUAUGUCUGGUUUGAUGCUUUAUUAGGAUACAUUUCAGCAUUAUUAGAAGAGGGGGAACAACUAACUCUAGAGAAAGCUAUUCAUUCUGGCUGGCCUGCUUCAUUGCACUUAAUAGGCAAGGAUAUAUUGAGGUUCCAUGCAGUUUAUUGGCCCGCAAUGUUAAUGUCAGCUGGACUAACUCUUCCAAAAAUGGUAUUUGGCCAUGGUUUUCUGACAAAGGAUGGAAUGAAGAUGGGGAAAUCAUUGGGAAAUACAAUUGAACCAAAUGACUUGGUGAACAGAUUUGGACCUGAUGCUGUUAGGUAUUUUUUCUUAAGGGAAGUAGAGUUUGGGAAUGACGGGGACUAUUCAGAGGAUCGCUUUAUCAGCAUAGUUAAUGCACACUUAGCAAAUACAAUUGGGAACCUUCUCAACCGAACACUUGGACUUCUGAAAAAGAACUGUCAGUCUACUUUGGCUGUUGACUCCACAACUGCGGCAGAAGGGAACCCAUUAAAAGAUACGAUAGAGAAAUUGGUUGAGAAAGCGAGGAUCCAUUAUGAGAGCCUUUUGAUAUCUUCAGCUUGUGAAUCAGUGCUCGAAAUUGGCAAUGCUGGUAAUCUAUAUAUUGAUGAGAGAGCUCCGUGGUCUCUUUUCAAGCAAGGUGGUAUUAGUUCCGAAAUGGCUGCCAAGGAUCUUGUGGUUAUACUUGAAGCAAUGAGAAUUAUAGCCAUUGCAUUAUCUCCAGUUGCUCCAAGCCUUUGUCUGAGAAUAUAUAAACAACUUGGGUUUUCCGAGGAUGAAUUCAAAGCAGUCACUUGGAAUGAUACCAAAUGGGGAGGUUUAAGAGCAGGUCAGAUCAUGGCAGAGCCGAAGCCGGUUUUUGCAAAGAUUGAAAACAGAACUGAAGACAAAGAUGAAGUUACACCUAAAGUGGUGAAAAAUAAGAAAAAGAGUCCUCAAAAUCAAGGGCUUGUUGAGGCUUAGAUGAUUUGUGAACACUGUAAGUUUUUUUUUGUUUUGUACUUGUAAUAAAUAAAUCAAUUUAUAUAUGCACUUCUAGACAAAUUGUUUGGCAAGGAAUUUGAGCUGGUUUUUAUUUUGUUA